AUACACCCGAAGAAAGCAAAGUGUAAAAAUUUAUGAAUCGUGUUCAGUCUAUGUUGUUUGUAGGUUUAUGAAUAACAAUAUCUGGUGAACACGUUGUCUGACAGGUGACAACUACACAGACCUUUGCUGCUUCGAUUUUUUUGUGUAUAAUAACAAACAACAGCAAUUAUAAUAACGACACGGAUUUAUAUGAUGCUUAUUAGAAUUUUGGCUUAUUCCAUUCCACUUAACCUUUGAUCACUACAAGGUCAAUAAUUUCCAGUGUAUUUGUUAAUCGUCGAUCAUUUACGCUGUUGUCGAAUCAAAGAGACAGUUUUACACUAAGUAGAAGUAUAAAUGGUAUCAAUAAGGUUGUGUUUUUGUUGAAUGGGUUUUAGGCCAAGGUUGUAUAAAACCGCUUUGAAUUUUGGUUAUGUUCACCUGACGUGCGUAUCAGAAUCGUUGGUAGUUUUGAGGGAAUCAGCCAAUCAAAACGUUCAGUUCUGCGUGUAUUCCACAAGUCCAGUGGAUUAUGUGACAAUCUCCAUUUUUUUUCUCAUGCGUCGUGCGCCGUCAUGUGUGAUGAGGUGAUGAACAAGUUGAGUCUGUUGAGUUUUGAUUUAUUUUUGUGAUUUUGUGUUUGGACCGCGUUUAGGUCGUGAAUUAAAAUUGAGCCACAUGUUGAGGAUUCCCUCCAUUAUGUAUGUUGUUAAAAUGAAUGUUUGAAAAAGAAACUAGAUAAAGCAUUAAUUACAAGUUUAUAUAACCAAUUUAGUAAACAAGUAUCCAGCAUAAAUCAAGAAUGGUUCGCAGCAAGCCAGAUCAUAGUAAAAAGAAAGGCCCGUUCUAAACGAUGAAUGUAAUGGAUGUAUCUUCGGUCUUAAAUGAAUUUGAGUCAGCUCUCCUGUCAGACAGCGGUACCGAAAGUUUUACUGAAAACCCUGUUAUUGAACAUGACAGUGAACAUUCUGAAGAUUCUUCAGUAUGUGAUCUGGAUUCAUCAAAAUGUAUUCGGAAGUGUAAUGUGCAGACGCAUAUUUUGGACAAAGAGGUUUCAGUUGAUGAAGACAUCUUAGCUGUUCCUUUAGAACCUAUACGCACUCAUGUAGUUACUGAACCCUCCUGUGGAACACCUUUAGUUUUCGAAGACAAUGACACCCAAAUAUUUAACAACAAUUUCCCUAAAUUUCAAGAUCAACUUACACUUCCGUCAAUUUUACGAACCCAAUCUCCAAGUUCUACUACAAAUAGAAAAGUUUCGUUUCCUGAGGGAGACAUGGAACUUGCUACUUAUAGAGAACCAGAAAAUUCGUCUCCAUGGACCAUAAAUCAAUAUUUACCCCCUGAAAAAAUCCUCCAAAUUUAUCAGGCUUCGUGUAAACAACAUAAAACCAUUGAAUUGGAUGCCAUAAAAAACACGAUUUUGGACAUAAAAAAUAACACAAACCGUUCGGCAGUAUUGAAUUUAUCGAUGAUCACCAUUACGAAUGAAGUGAAUGAAACCCUUGAAGAUAUUUUGAGAGUCGCCAAUUUCCGGACCUUGGUGUUGUAUGAAUGCAAAUUUACAGCAGAAACUAUAAGCGAAUUCUUAAACAUGUUGGAAUACUAUGAAUCGAUUUCUGAUAUUGAAGUUUCUAUGAAUUUUGACGAGACAGCGUGGAAAUGUUUCUGUAACGCUUGUACGAACAUUCUGGUAUUGGAAUCCAUAUCGUUCCGCGGUAUGGUGAUUAACGAGAAUUACAUGAGAAUGCUACUUAAUGUCGUCAAAAAUAACAUUGGUAUAGCUACACUGAAAUUUGAUGCUUGUAUGUUAAUUAAGUUACCGUCGUUUUACUUAGUGGAAAAUCUUAUGACUAAUACAACUCUCUGUGAAUUGUACCUACCUUCGACUGGACUAUAUACAAAAGAAGCAGAUUGCUUAGGUCGUUUUUUGCGAAAAAAUUUAUCCUUGAAAGUUUUGGACAUUAGUAACAACUUUAUCGGCGACCGGGGUUUGGAAGUUCUCGCUAAAGGCCUCACCAAACAGACGAUUUCAGGCUGCGGACUUUCGGUUUUAAUAGUUUUCAAUAACCAGAUUACGGAAAAAAGUGGACCAAUUAUUAGUGAUAUUAUUUCAGAAUGUAGAAACUUACACACAUUGAACGUGGGUUUUAAUAACUUGACAGACGAAGUCAUCGCAAAUAUUGGUCCGAGCCUGGAAGUAACAACAUCUUUGGAAGGUUUAGGACUUCAGUGCACCCUUCUGACGUGCAAAGGAAUUGACUUUCUGUCUAAUGCAAUUGAAAAUAAUACUUCGUUACAAAAAAUAAACUUAAAAGGAAACAAAGCCAUUCAGGUUGGUGGUUUGGAACGGCUAUGCCAAGCACUAACUUCGUCAAAAAUUUUUAAAAUCGAGAUCGACGAAACCAAUCGUUCAGCUCAGGACCCACAAGCCUAUGUGCAGCUAGUAAAAAAGAUGAACGCCAUUUGUACAGUAAAUAAAGCAUUUAAGGAAUCCAAGGAAUCAAAUAGUGACGAAAUCGCCAAUGUAUCGCAGAUGGUCUCCCGUAAAAUGUCACUGAGUUGUGAGCCCCGAUAUGUCAUACCGAGCACACCAGCCACUACAGUACAAACAGAAUCUCCAGUAAUGUCUUCUCGAAGUUCGAGAAAUCGCUUUGAAAUUACUAAAGUGCACGAUUCCACUGCGCGUCCUAUAUCUAGGUUUAAAGUGACCCGAGUGAUUUCCUCGUCAGAUGAAGACUUAUCAGUGGGAAAAUUUGCCAGUGUCCGUAGUAGUGUAUCUUCAAAUGACAGCGUCGAUUCCCUACAACUUGACACUGAUCAGGAAUGAAAGACUAGUUAGGCAAGAUGUUUCGUAUUAGUUCUGUGAUAACAAUUUUAUAUACUUACACUACUUAAUUUAAUUUUUGUUAUCGUUCGUUACGUUGAAAUAUAAAGAUUAUCUUUAUCCAUUAUUCUGAA